UAGAUUUUGAAAGAAGGAUUGGUCUUCUGAGGGUGUGUCGACUGAAAUGACAGUUGAUACACCACCCAUGGCGGCCCAGAGCGUCAGGGUGAAUCGAACAUCCCUGAGUUCCAGCAAUGGCAGUACUACCCCUCUGCAUAGUUCUGCUACGGUCUCCAAUGGGGACGGUUAUGAAAGUGAUGGCUCCAACUUUGCUCCUCCUACUCCAACAACCUUGUCGAUGCAUGUGUCACCAGAGCUGGCAGGUGCUAUACCUUUGCUUGAUAGAUUCCAGGUGGAGGGAUUUUUGAGGUCCAUGCAGAAGCAGAUCCAAUCUGCUGGGAAACGUGGGUUUUUCUCUAAAAGAUCUGUGGGACCUCAAGUUAGAGAAAAAUUCACUUUGGAGGAUAUGCUAUGUUUCCAAAAGGAUCCGAUUCCAACUUCGUUGCUUAAAAUUAACAGUGACUUGGUAAGCCGUUCGAUAAAAUUCUUCCAGAUCAUUUUGAAGUACAUGGGAGUUGAUUCAUCAGAUAGAACAACUCCUUUGAGCUUAGAAGAGAGGAUUGAGCUUGUUGGAAAACUUUAUAAGCAAACUUUGAAGCAUUCUGAACUUCGAGAUGAGCUUUUUGCACAGAUUUCAAAGCAAACACGCAAUAAUCCUGACAGGCAAAGCUUGAUAAGAGCGUGGGAGCUAAUGUAUUUGUCUGCUUCUUCCAUGCCUCCUAGCAAGGAUAUGGCCGGGUAUUUGUCAGAAUAUGUUCACUAUGUAGCUCAUGGGGCCAAUACUGAUCCAGAUGUACAAGUCCUUGCAUUGAAUACAUGGGAUGCUUUGAAGCGUUCCGUGAAGGCUGGACCUAGGUACACAAUUCCUGGGCGUGAGGAAAUUGAAGCUCUUUUGACUGGAAGAAAGCUCACAACCAUAGUGUUUUUCUUGGAUGAGACUUUUGAGGAAAUUACAUAUGACAUGUCAACAACUGUCGCAGAUGCUGUCGAGGAACUUGCAGGGAUCAUUAAACUUUCUGCAUACUCUAGUUUCAAUUUAUUUGAAUGCCGGAAAGUUGUCACUGGUUCUAAAUCCCCAGAUCCUGGCAAUGAGGAAUAUAUUGGGUUAGAUGAUAAUAAAUAUAUUGGGGAUUUGCUGGCGGAAUUUAAGGCAGCUAAAGAUCGCAGCAAAGGAGAAAUUUUGCAUUGCAAACUUUCAUUCAAAAAACGGCUGUUUCGGGAGUCAGAUGAAUCUAUAACAGACCCAAUGUUUAUACAAUUAUCCUAUGUUCAGUUGCAACAUGAUUACAUCUGGGGGAAUUAUCCGGUUGGAAGGGAUGAUGCUGCACAACUGUCUGCAUUGCAAAUUUUGGCUGAGAUUGGAUUCAUUGGGAGUCCUGAAUCAUGCACUGACUGGACAUCACUCCUUGAACGAUUCUUACCUAGACAAAUUGCUAUUACACGGGCAAAGCGUGAUUGGGAGCUAGACAUUCUUUCUCGUUACCGUGUGAUGGAACAUCUGUCGAAAGAUGAUGCAAGGCAGCAGUUUCUUCGAAUCUUGAGAACUCUUCCUUAUGGAAACGCGGUUUUCUUUAGCGUUCGGAAGAUAGAUGAUCCCAUAGGGCUCCUGCCUGGUCGGAUCAUUUUAGGCAUCAAUAAGCGUGGGGUUCAUUUUUUCCGCCCAGUUCCAAAAGAAUACUUACAUUCUGCUGAGCUAAGAGACAUCAUGCAAUUUGGUAGCAGUAAUACUGCUGUCUUUUUUAAGAUGAGAGUUGCAGGUGGCCUUCACAUAUUCCAGUUUGAAACUAAGCAGGGGGAGGAAAUUUGUGUUGCUCUUCAAACACAUAUCAAUGAUGUAAUGCUGCGCAGAUACUCAAAGGCGCGCUCUGCUGCUACUGGCUCUACGCAGGGAGAUUUUUCUCAGAUUAAGUCUCCGAGUCUGGAUGUCUAUGAAAAGCGUGUGAAGGAGUUGUCUAAAGCUGUUGAAGAAUCUCAAAAGAAUGCAGAUACGUUAUUGGAUGAAUUGCGUCAGAAGCAAAAGGAAGAAGUAGAAAUGCAGGAGGAAUUGGAAGGGCUGAAAGAUUCCUUGCAAUCUGAGAAACAAAACUUGAACGAAGUCAUUUGUGAUCGUGAUAAACUCAGAGCGCUAUGUGAUGAGAAAGAUUCUUCUUUACAGGCUGCACUGCUGGAUAAGAGUAACCUGGAAGCUACAAUAGCAAACCUGAGCAAUCAACUCAAUUCCUUGGAAAACAAUGCAAAAACGGAGAAUUUACUUGGAUCUAGUUGCCAUGAUGGAGAAUCUGCACUGGUCUGGGGAAGAUCACGGAACACUAGUUCUGAUUCCCAGGCAUUGAAGAAGCUCCAAGAGGACUUGAAGGCUCGUACGGAGGAGCUGUAUGCAGUAGAAGAAACUGUUAAGAAACUGACUAAUGAAAAGUUAUUAUUAGAACAAAAAGUUUUUAGGCUUGAGAAGAAGAAAAUCGAAGAGGUUGAAAUUCUUGAAAGAAAAUUUGAACAAGAACGUAAAACAUCUAAGCUGCGAAUUUUGGAAUUGGAAAAGAAACUGGAAGGGAUUACGCAAGACUUGGCUGUUGCUGAGUCAACUCUUACAAUGAGGAACACGGAGUUGGAUACAUUGCAAAAUAGCUUAAGGGAAUUAGAAGAAUUACGAGAAAUGAAAGAGGAUAUUGAUAGAAAGAAUGAACAAACUGCUGCAAUUUUGAAGAAGCAAGGUGCACAAUUGGUCGAACUAGAAGCACUCUACAAGGAAGAACAAGUCUUGAGGAAGCGAUAUUUCAAUACCAUAGAAGAUAUGAAGGGCAAGAUCAGAGUAUAUUGUCGUUUGCGGCCUCUUAGUGAAAAGGAGAUUGGUGAGAAAGAGAGGAUGGUUCUUACAAAUCUUGAUGAGUUCACCGUUGAACAUACUUGGAAGGAUGAUAAGCUGAAGCAACACCUUUAUGAUCGUGUUUUUGACAGUACUGCUUCUCAAGAUGAUGUUUUUGCAGAUACAAAGUAUCUAGUGCAAUCAGCUGUUGAUGGAUAUAAUGUGUGCAUAUUUGCAUAUGGUCAAACUGGUUCUGGAAAGACAUUCACAAUAUAUGGGUCUGAAAGUAAUCCAGGACUUACCCCUAGAGCAACUGCUGAGCUUUUCAAGAUUUUAAAGCGUGACAGCAAUAAAUUUUCUUUCUCAUUAAAGGCUUAUAUGGUGGAAUUGUAUCAAGAUACUCUAGUAGAUCUUCUAUUACCAAAGAAUGCAAAACAUUUGAAAUUAGAAAUAAAGAAAGAUCAAAAGGGGAUGGUAACAGUGGAGAAUGCAACCGUUGUACCCAUUUCAAGCUAUGAGGAUUUGAGACUUAUUAUCUUGAGAGGGUCUGAGCGACGACAUACUUCUGGCACUCAAAUGAAUGAAGAAAGUUCUAGAUCACAUUUGAUACUUUCAAUUGUUAUUGAGAGCACCAACCUUCAAACACAAUCUCUUGCUAGAGGAAAGCUUAGUUUUGUGGAUCUUGCUGGUUCAGAAAGGGUGAAAAAAUCGGGUUCUGCGGGACACCAACUAAAAGAAGCGCAAAGCAUCAAUAAGUCACUUUCAGCCCUUGGAGACGUAAUUAGUGCUCUAUCUUCUGACGGACAACAUAUACCCUACAGGAACCACAAGUUGACAAUGCUCAUGAGUGACUCCCUUGGUGGCAAUGCUAAGACUCUUAUGUUUGUGAACGUCUCUCCUGCUGAGUCAAACUUGGAUGAGACUCACAAUUCUCUAAUGUAUGCAUCGAGAGUGCGCUCGAUUGUAAAUGAUCCAAGCAAGAACAUCUCAUCAAAGGAAGUCGCCCGUCUAAAGAAGUUGGUUGCAUACUACAAGGAACAGGCCGGCAAGAAAGGUGAGGAUGAAGAUCUGGAAGAGAUAAGGGAAGAACGUCCACCGAAAGAGAGAACAGAUGCCCGUCAUUCAAUGUAAUUAUAUUGUUGAAGGUAACGGACAUCUAUCCGGCAUUGUAAAAAUGAAGUUCUCGGCAUCUCUCUAGAGGAUUUUACCACGAGUUUUAUUCGUUCAUGGGCGUGCACGCUGCAUCAAAGAUUCAAGAACUUCACUAACAUGGGUUUUGAUUCUGUGUUCUUAACAGAUGGUUGAGAACCUGAUGGAUCAUAUUGUUUUAUAGGAUGUAGUCUUUUUUACUGCAGCCUAUGGUGGGUGUUGGUUGAGAAUAUUUACAUCAAUGUUGUAUAGUAAAAAGAGAUACUGUUCAUUGCCAUGUUUUAUAUAUAGCCAGUUUAUUAUUCAUUCUCUUA